AUGUUGUUCGCCGUCCUCCCCCUCCUCUUCCUCGCCACCUCAGCGCACGCUGCCCUCAGCAUCCUCUAUCCAAACACCAACACUGUGUGGUACAAGAACAACACGGUCGCUCUGAACUGGACAGCCACGAACCCAUCGACGGACACGUACUUCUUCCGAACCUUCUUGGGGAACUCGGAUUCGGGGUUGUUGGCGACCAAUCAGAGCUUGGCUGAUCAGACGAACGCUACAGCCAGCUACGUCCGCGUCCUCCUUCCCGGUGUACCAUCGGGUGGCGGCUACGUCGUGUACUUUGUCAACUCUACGAACGAAUCGCAAGUAUUCGCGACUAGUCAGCCGUUCAGGAUCGAGGAUGGCAUAGUUGCAACAUCCACCACCCCGCCCAGCUCGCAGACCGCCAGCCCUUCUUCCAAUAACAAUAUCCCUAAUGCUCAGUCCAACACUGCCAACCCCUUCGCCUCAUCCUCCCGCGCAGCAGCCAUGGGCCUCAAGCCGAAUUACGAUUCGCUCUCUUCCCUGCUCGCACAGGGUGCGGCGGUGAUGCUGUGUGUAGGCGCAGGAGUGGGCAUGCUGGUGUAG